UUUUUUAAAUGAAAAAUAUUUUCAGCAAAAAGGAAAAAUUUUAAAGAGAAACAAUUGUUAUUCGAUUGAAGGAAAAAUAAAAAUUCGAAAAAUGGAGUUUUAGCAUAAAGAAAAGGAGAGUUGACAAAUAGUAAAAAUAAUUUUUCUGCGUGCCAGGGUUAGAAAAGUUCAAAUUGUAAUCAGCGAAUUGUGACAUCAAUGAGUGAUAAGUCUACACGUUGCAGGAAAUUUUUACGUGUUCAAGAAAACGUGAAGAUACAAUCGCGAGGAUUUAAAUUAAAUUAUGUACAAGCUUCAAGAUUUGAGAAAUAUUUCCCUCCGAGGGAAGAAUUUGAGACGCGCCACAUUGGACCUAGAAUUCAGCAUCAGGAUGAGAUGCUCAAUCUAUUGGGAUUUAAGUCCCUUGACGAGUUAACUUCAACAGCUGUGCCGGAUAAUAUUCGUUGCAAAAAUGAUUUAGAUAUUGAAAAGCCCGUUAACGAGUAUGAUUUGCUAAAAAGAAUCACCGAAGUUUCCGAGAAGAAUGAAAUUUGGAAAUCAUAUAUCGGAAUGGGUUAUUAUAAUUGUUGUGUUCCCCACACAAUAAUGAGAAAUAUUUUCGAAAAUCCCGGAUGGACUACACAGUACACGCCGUAUCAGCCAGAAAUCGCUCAAGGAAGAUUAGAAGGAUUAUUGAAUUAUCAGACAUUGAUUUGCGACAUGACCGGAAUGGAAGUUGCGAAUGCCUCGCUUUUAGAUGAAGGAACUGCGGCCGCUGAAGCACUGGCACUCGCCUACAGGCACAACAAGAGGAAAAAACUCUUUGUCUCCAACAUUGUUCAUCCCCAAACAAUUAGUGUCAUUGCAACACGAGCCACAUCAUUGGGAUUAGAUCUUGAAGUCGGCGAUGUUUUUAAAGUUGACACCAGCGACAAAAAUUACGCCGGAAUACUUCUACAGUAUCCAGACACUCGCGGUUCAAUUCAUAAUUUUACAGGCGUCAUCAAAAAGGCCCAGGAGAAUGGGACAUUAGUGUGUGCUGCGGUUGAUCUCCUGGCACUGGCGAUUCUCCAGCCUCCUCAUGAAUUCGAUAUUGAUAUUUGUGUGGGAACAAGUCAGCGAUUUGGUGUUCCUCUAGGAUAUGGAGGACCGCACGCUGGUUUCUUCGCUUGUCGUCAAAAACUAGUGAGAUUGAUGCCAGGUCGAAUGGUUGGAGUGACACACGACACGAAUGGAAAAGAUGCCUUUCGUUUGGCUCUUCAAACGCGAGAGCAACACAUCAGACGUGACAAGGCGACAAGCAAUAUUUGCACCGCUCAAGCUCUUUUAGCUAACAUGUCAGCCAUGUACGCCGUCUAUCAUGGACCACAAGGAAUCAAAGACAUUGCCAAUAGAGUUCACUAUUUGACCGUUGCUCUCGCUCUAGGUCUUUCCGAUGCUGGAAAUACCAUUGAGAACGAUUACUUCUUCGAUACAAUUACUAUUUUACCUAAAACUUCUUUGGAAACUGUCAAGGAGAAGGCUCAUCAGGCUAAAGUUAAUUUAAGAUACAAUGAAGACGGAACGAUAGGAGUUUCACUUGAUGAGACGACAACAAUUGAUGAUGUGAAUGAGUUGCUGAAAAUAUUCAACGUAACCAAGAAAGUUGAUGAAAUCGUAGAAAAAGAAUCUUUUGUAAAAAACGAUCUGAAUGUCUCGCCGUUUAGAAGGACCAGCAAUUAUCUCACACAUCCAGUUUUUAAUUCACAUCAUUCAGAAACAAGGAUCGUUCGCUAUAUGAAAUCUUUAGAAAAUAAGGACGUUUCACUAGUGCACAGUAUGAUUCCCCUGGGCUCCUGUACAAUGAAACUGAAUUCAACAACCGAAAUGAUGCCCUGCAGUCUGCCGGGCUUCAAGGACAUCCAUCCAUUCGCCCCAUCAGAUCAGACGAAAGGCUAUCAGGAAUUAUUUUCCGAAUUGGAAAAAGACUUGUGUGCAAUAACGGGCUACGAUAGAAUAAGUUUUCAACCGAAUAGUGGAGCUCAAGGGGAAUACGCUGGCCUGCGUGCAAUUCAAUGUUAUCACGAAUCGAAGGGCAAUGGAGAUCGACAAGUGUGUUUGAUUCCAGUUUCCGCUCAUGGGACAAAUCCAGCUUCGGCCCAAAUGGCCGGAAUGCAAGUGGAACCAAUUUACGUCCUCAAGGACGGUUCGGUUGAUAUCGAACACCUCAAGGCUAUGAUUGACAAAUUUCAGAAGCAAUUAUCCUGUCUUAUGAUCACUUAUCCUUCGACAAAUGGCGUCUUCGAGGAGACAAUCGGCGAUGUUUGUAAUUUGGUUCACAAAGCCGGUGGUCAAGUUUAUCUCGACGGUGCCAAUAUGAAUGCACAGGUCGGACUCUGCCGCCCCGGAGACUAUGGAAGCGAUGUAUCGCAUUUGAAUCUUCACAAGACAUUUUGUAUUCCACAUGGAGGCGGUGGACCUGGCAUGGGACCAAUUGGAGUAAAACAACACCUAGCGCCAUUUUUGCCCGGUCAUCCGGUGAUUGAUAUAGAAACCGGCACGAUAAAGACAACCGAAGGUUUAGGAGCGGUUUCGGCCGCUCCCUACGGAUCGUCGGCAAUUUUGCCGAUUUCUUGGGCCUACAUUAAAAUGAUGGGACCCAAGGGUCUUCGAAAAGCGACUCAGGUGGCAAUUCUAAAUGCCAAUUACAUGAGUAAACGACUCGAGCACCAUUACAAAACUCUCUAUAAAGGAAAAACUAAUUUGGUCGCUCACGAAUUUAUUCUUGAUAUUCGGGAUUUGAAAAAAUCGGCAAAUAUCGAGGCCGUUGAUAUUGCCAAGCGCUUAAUGGAUUAUGGCUUUCAUGCGCCGACAAUGAGUUGGCCAGUUGCCGGAACUCUGAUGAUAGAGCCCACCGAGUCGGAAGAUAAGGUCGAACUGGACAGAUUUUGCAACGCUCUGAUUUCAAUAAGAAAAGAAAUCGAGAACAUCGAGAAUGGAAAGUUCGAUAAAAGUAUUAAUCCACUAAAAAUGGCCCCUCACACACAAGAAGAAGUAAUCAGCUCAAAAUGGGAUCGUCCUUAUUCACGUGAAGUCGCAGCUUUUCCAGCGUCCUUUGUGAGAAGCGGAACAAAAAUCUGGCCCAGUGUUGGAAGAAUAGACGAAAUUUUCGGAGACAAACAUCUAUUUUGCACGUGUCCACCAGUUAUUACUCACCAAUAAAUUCAAAAAAUCUCUCCUUUUACCAUAAUCUUUUAGUACUUAAGUAUUUAUUGCCUCUGAUUCGGUGAAAGAAACCAUAAAUCACCUCUUUUUUUUAAACUAGUAGAAGAUAUAUUUAUAUAUAUAAUAUAUAUACUUUUUUUUUGACGACAUACUUUUGCAAUAUUCACGUAUUCACAGAUUCACAUCUAACAUAAACUUGUACAUAAAUUGAGUUUAAAAUAAAAAAGAGAAAAAAAAAUGAGAAGAAAAAACUGUA